CGCCCCCCCAACAGCUUCAUUCUAUAUAGAAAGGAAAAAUCGCAGGAGUACCGAAACUGUACUGCUGCAAAACUUUCACGAAUAUUGGGUGCACGAUGGAAAAAAGAGAAGCCGGAAAUAAAGGCGCACUUCGCUCAGCGAGCCAAAGAUGAAGAAGAAAAACAUGCCAUAGAACACCCAGACUACAAGUUCCAACCAGCCAAG